AUUUGAGUUAAUUUGAUCCAUUUCUUAUUAUUUUUAAACUGAUAUAUAAAAGUAAAUAUCAGGGCGUUAGAAAUGCGGUUUCAAACUGUUUUGAAGAGUGAUGAAGGUGUGAUGGGGAUAUCAAAUUUGAAAGCUCUUCUGCAUGAUAUUUCGUGUUUACUUGGUUUAUCAUCUUGUGAAAACGUUAGUUUUGAACCAGUUAAAAGGUAUUAUCAGAAGGUUGAAGAGAUACUAAUGGUGAUAAAACUAGUGCUUGAUGCUGUUCAUGAUGCUCAGGUAGCAUUUGAUGAAUCACUUCAAGAAGAAUUUGCAAGCUUCAGUGGCUUGGUAAAUGAAUUAAGAGAGGUAUUUGAGACCUGUCAUCCGUUGAUGAGUAAAACCUACUUUGUCCUUCAAGUAGAAUCCCUGAUGACAAAGGUCCACUCAUCUAGCUCUGAUAUGUUUGAGUUUCUGAAAGGUUCAGAUCAAUAUCUCCAUGACAAAUUGAGCACAGCAACUCUUGAGCAUUGCCUGCAAAAAAUUAAGCAUUGGGGAUUUGAUCAAACAUCAGCCCUUAUUAAAAGAGAAGUGAGGAACAUGGGGGAUAACUCAGAUCCUGAUUUAGAAUGUCUGGUGAAAAUUACAGAUUCGUUGAGUUUAAAGUCCAAUCAGGAGCUUCUUAUUGAGGCUGUGGCCCUUGAAAAUUUGAAGGGAAAUGUUGACAAAUCUGACAGGAAGGGUGAAGCUAACUAUCUCCAUCAACUAUUAGCUCUUGUUACUUGCAUGCACGAGCAGUUUGUUCUGCUGAAACUGUCUGAGAGCUAUGAGACUGUUCACAUACCUGCCAAUGUCUGUUGCCCUCUGUCACUUGAAGUCAUGACAGACCCAGUAAUCGUGGCUUCAGGACAGACUUAUGAGCGAGCCUUCAUCCAAAGAUGGUUUAAACUUGGACUUACUGUUUGUCCAAAGACGCGUCAAACUUUAGCACAUACCAAUCUUAUUCCUAAUUACAUUGCAAAGGCACUUAUCACAAAUUGGUGCGAAUCUAAUGGUGUGGAUCUGCCUGAAUCAGUGAAGUCUGUAAAAUUAAACUGGCAUUCUUCACUUCUUGAUCAUGCAACUUCUGGUGCAGCCUUCGACCCACAUAUGGCUCAGUUAAGGAAUAAUCAGUUCACAUUAUCCGAUUCUACACAAACACUUGGUUGUCUGGAAGAGUGUUUCACUAAUAAUGGGGAGAUAGUUUCCACAUCACAUCCACGUUCAUCUCCCGAGGAUUCCUCCUCUGGAGAAACUGUAAAUGGGCGUGUUUUGGGCAUGGAUAGCUUGUCCUCUCCUGCUAGUGAGACGAGGACUAUCAUUUCUGAUGUUGAAACCCAUAUUAAGAAGAUGGUCGAAGACUUGAAGUGCACAUCAAUGGAAGUGAAAAGAGAUGCAACAGCUGAACUUCGUUUACUUGCAAAAUAUAACAUGGACAAUCGUAUUAUAAUUACAAACUGCGGGGGCAUUCCUUUGUUGGUCAAUUUACUCCUAUCAGAAGACAUGAAAACACAGGAAAAUGCUGUCACUGCACUUCUUAACCUAUCAAUUAAUGAUGACAGCAAGGCUGCUAUAGUAGGCGCUGAUGCCAUUGAACCAUUGAUUCAUGUCCUUGAGUCAGGGACCGAUGAAGCUAAAGAAAACUCUGCUGCCACAUUUUUUAGUUUGUCAGUGAACAAGGAGAACAGAGUCAUGAUUGGGAAAUCUAGAGUAAUUCAACCUUUGGUUAAUUUGUUAGGGAAUGGAACUCUGAGGGGAAAAACUGAUGCAGCCACAGCUUUGUAUAAUUUGUCUAUGUUUCAUAAAAACAUGGUCAAAAUUGUUCAGGCCGGUGCUGUGAAGUACCUUGUUGAACUAAUGGACCCUGCAGCAGGACUGGUUGAUAAAGCCGUUGUUCUUUUGUCAAAUCUUGCUACUAUUCCAGAAGGAAGGAGUGCAAUUGUCGACGAAGGGGGCAUCCCUGUCCUGGUUGAAGUUGUUGAACUGGGAUCCGCUAGAGGGAAAGAGAAUGCAGCUGCUGCCCUUUUACAGCUCUGCACUGACAGUAGUAAAAUUUGCAAAAUGAUACUCCAGGAAGGAGCAGUCCCGCCAUUAGUGUCGUUGUCCCAAUCUGGCACGACAAGAGCAAAGGAAAAGGCACAAGCUCUUCUUACCUGCUUCCGAGAUCAACUACUAACAAGGUAAAGAUGAAAGAGAAUCAUUGCGAAAAUUAUUCGUCCUCUGAUGUCCAAUGUUCAAGGUAAGCUUGGGUUACACGAUGUAGAUUGAUUUUACAAACACUGCACACGCAUGUUGUAGUUUUUUGAUUUCAUAUCUGAAGGCAUUUUGACAAUCAUAUGAUAUAUUAUAUAAUUAUUCAGAAUACUAGUAAUCGACUCCUCUGUAACUUUCAACAGUUAUGCUUCACUGAUAUAAUUAUUUAGAAUACUAGUAAUCGACUCCUCUAUAACUAUCAACAGGUAUGCUUCACUGAUAAAUUUACAAAAUUAGCGCCCAAAAUGCAGCAACCUCUCCACCCUAUUUACCAGAAACACAACCAAAGUUUUCAAACAAUCACCCAUUUCCAUCCUCCGAUUACUCAAAUACACAAAGACCACUAUCCCAAUUCAUUCACACUUCAUGUUUCCAUUUUUCUUCACCAAAUCUCUCUCACCUCUCGCCCCAACACUCCCCUCGUUCAAAUGGACCAAAAAACGCAAUCACCUCCACUAUACCACCCCAUAAACCCCUCUCAUUUUCUCUCUGGUUUCCUAUUUGUAGGACACAUUUAGCACAAUCUACAACUUUUCCAUGCCUUCUUGAUGUAGCAUUAGAGAUUGGUGUGGUUCCAUCUACAAAACCAGU